CCGGCGAGCACAACGCGGCCACCAUGGUGAGGCUGGUGCUGCCCAACCCGGGCCUGGAGGACCGGAUCCCCUCCCUGGACCAGCUGGAGGACCUCGAGCAGGCGGAGGCCAGCUCCCGGCCCAAGUGGGACAACAAGGCCCAGUACAUGCUGACCUGCGUGGGCUUCUGCGUGGGCCUGGGCAACGUGUGGCGCUUCCCCUACCUGUGCCAGAGCCACGGCGGAGGGGCCUUCAUGAUCCCGUUCCUCAUCCUGCUGGUGGUGGAGGGCAUCCCCCUGCUGCACCUGGAGUUCGCCAUCGGCCAGCGGCUGCGCAAGGGCAGCGUGGGCGUCUGGAGCUCCAUCCACCCGGCCCUGAAGGGCGUCGGCGUGGCGUCCAUGUUCGUGUCCUUCAUGGUGGGCUUCUACUACAACACCAUCAUCGCCUGGGUCAUGUGGUAUUUCUUCAACUCCUUCCAGGACCCGCUGCCCUGGAGCCAGUGUCCCCUCAACGAGAACCGCACAGGCUACGUGGACGAGUGCGCGCGCAGCUCCCCUGUUGACUACUACUGGUACCGGGAGACCCUGAACAUCUCCACGUCCAUCGACGACUCGGGCUCCGUGCAGUGGUGGAUCCUGCUGUGCCUGACCUGCGCCUGGAGCGUGCUCUACGUGUGCACCAUCCGCGGCAUCGAGACCACCGGGAAGGCCGUGUACGUCACCUCCACGCUGCCCUACGUGGUGCUGACCAUCUUCCUCAUCCGAGGCCUGACGCUGAAGGGGGCCACCAACGGCAUCAUCUUCCUCUUCACGCCCAACGUCACGGAGCUGGCCAACCCGGUCACCUGGCUGGAUGCGGGCGCUCAGGUCUUCUACUCCUUCUCGCUGGCCUUCGGGGGCCUCAUCUCCUUCUCCAGCUACAACUCUGUGCACAACAACUGCGAGAUGGACUCUGUGAUCGUGUCCAUCAUCAACGGCUUCACGUCCGUGUACGCGGCCACCGUGGUCUACUCCAUCAUUGGUUUCCGGGCCACCGAGCGCUACGACGAGUGCUUCAACCAGAAUAUCCUGACCCUCAUGAACGGGUUCGACCUGCCGGAAGGCAGCGUCACCCAGGACAACUUCACGGAGGUGCAGCAGUGGUACAAUGCCACCCACCCCGCCGCCUUCGCGGCGCUGACCUUCCAGACGUGUGACAUGAACUCCCUGCUGUCGGAGGGCGUGGAGGGCACAGGCCUGGCCUUCAUUGUCUUCACCGAGGCCAUCACCAAGAUGCCGGUGGCCCCGCUCUGGGCCGUGCUGUUCUUCAUCAUGCUGUUCUGCCUGGGGCUGUCGUCCAUGUUCGGCAACAUGGAGGGGGUGGUCGUGCCCCUGCAGGACCUCAAGAUCAUCCCCAAGAAGUGGCCCAAGGAGCUGCUCACAGGCCUCAUCUGCCUGGGCACCUACCUCCUGGCCAUCAUCUUCACGCUCAACUCUGGCCAGUACUGGCUCUCUUUGCUGGAUGGCUAUGCCGGCUCCAUCCCCCUGCUCGUCAUCGCCUUCUGCGAGAUGUUCGCUGUGGUCUACGUGUAUGGCGUGGACAGGUUCAACAAGGACAUCGAGUUCAUGAUCGGCCACAAGCCCAACAUCUUCUGGCAGGUCAUGUGGCGGGUGGUCAGCCCGCUGCUCAUGCUGGUCAUCUUCCUGUUCUUCUUCGUGGUCAAGGUCAACGAGCAGCUCAUCUACAGCGUGUGGGACCCCUCCUACGAGGAGUUCCCCAAGUCCCAGAAGACCACGUACCCCAGCUGGGUGUACGCCGUGGUGGUCGUGGUGUCCGGCGCGCCCUGCCUGGUCAUCCCCGGCUUCGCCAUCUACAAGCUUAUCAGGACCCGCUUACAGCGCGGCGGGGACCAGCAGGGGCUGGUCAGCUCGGCGUCCACAGCCUCAGUGAACGGGGGCCUGAAGCAGUGAUCCCCAGAGGGGCCGGGGGAUGGUGGGGGUGUCAGGGUGAGUGUGCACAGCCACAGGCCACGGGUGUGCACAGGGGAGCACUGUGUAUGAGCGUGUGUGCGUGUGCUACAUGUGCAAGUGUGUGCGAGUGUGUGUGUGCGAGUGCUAUCCCUGUCAAUACAAGUGCAGGCAUGCAUGUGCCCCACAUGCAGGGGUGUGUGUGUGUGAACACGUGUGAGCAUGAGUGCACUCGUGUGUGCAGUAUGGGCGUGAGAACAGCACAUGUGGUUGUCUUGUGUGCACUGGUCGCACAGAGUGGGUGUUUGCGAGGUCUGACUGCACGUGCAUUGCAUGAGUGUCAGCUCACAAGCAUGUGUGUUGGGGCGUGUGCACGUGAGUGUGACCGCACACCUGUGUGUCGUGUGUGCAGGUGCACAUGUGGGUGUAUGUGCCUUGCACACCUGUGCACCCUGCACACAUGCUGCCUGCUCGCUGGCCCUCACACGUGGACGUGCACCACCCACACUCCCGGGACAGGCCCUGCGGGGCUGGGGAGGCGGCACCCCUGCGCCCCGCUCUGUGCCACCCCGACCUCGGCGGGUCGAG